CGCUUACGGCGCUCAAUAAGAACACCAUGCGGCAGCCCUCUUGGACAUCUUGGUCGGUCGCCAGCGCGCCCGCGCGGAUUUUCCCGCCGGCUUUCCCUGCUCCGGAGUCGUCGAGCGGUCGGCGGGCGUUGAGCGCGGCAGGCCCCGGCAGCUGUGUGGGUUGUGUCGUGUGCGGUCGGUGCAGCCCCUUGCGAGCUCUGAGGCGUCACACACACCGGGCGAUUUCCCUUUCGGCCGAGGUCCCUUUUUCGACUUUGGUGUUUGUGUCGUCUCGAAGCUUGCCGUCUGCAUCCUCCUCAUGAGAACGCAUCCACCUGGGGCUCCGUCCGUCGUUCUCCGCUCGGACUGCUUGGGUACGGGCCGCCACGGAUGCAAACAUGGAGCCGUCUGACCGUCUGUUGCUCGAGCUUGGAGCUAUUUCCACCGCAGUCCGCUUCUCUGCCUGACACGCGUACAUUGGACCACGAGAUUCUAAACUAACCACAAACCCUGUCGGAACUCGCUGGCGUGGAGUUACUUUUCCGGGAAAAUCAGCAGUAGCUAACGAUGCGCGAGGACGUCGUCAGACCUUCCGUCGCCCCUCAGUGACUAUCGUGGACUUCAACGCGUUUCAUCGUAUACGUGGUGGCUCGAGGCUGGAAAAAUGCGCAAGAACUGCCUGGCGCGGGCGCUGUACGACAACAUCGCCGAGUCUCCGGAGGAGUUGGCCUUCCGCAAGAAUGACGUGCUCACGGUGCUGGAGCAGAACCCGGGUGACCUGGAGGGCUGGUGGCUCUGCGCGCUCCGGGGCCGCCAGGGCUUGGCCCCGGGCAACCGGCUGCGCCUCAUGCCGGGCAUGUACGACCCGACCGGCUUGGGUUACGCGGCGGGGCCCCCCGACCUCGCGGCCGCCGUGCCCCCAGCGCCGCCCGCGGGCACCUACCCGGGGCCCGGUCAGCGCCACGCACGGCGCCGCUCGUGGAGGGUGGACCCCAACAAGGUUGUUACACCAAGUAAAGUUGGAGAUGUGUAUCUGUAUGAUGUCCCAGUAGGUGCCAAAGUUACUGAAGAGUAUGAUACUCCUGCUCAUUCCACGCUUCCGAGGCCCUCAGGCCAUGUUCACAUAGACACCAUAGUUCCAGCAGCUCAAGAGGGAAGGAAGCCAGUGCGCAUGUUACCAAACAUGGCUUAUGACGAACCACGUCCUUCCAGCUUAUCAUAUGAUUUGCCUCGGCCAUCUGUUAAUACUCGCUUAGAGUUUCCUUCAUCUACUACAGCUGGCACUGAAUCUUAUGAUGUGCCCCGCCCCAAGACUGACUACGAUGUGCCAAACUCUGAGCUUGUGGGGACCUAUGACACACCACCACCUGCCCGAGGAGUUACCAAGGGAGCACCCUGCUCUGUCUACGAUGUUCCACUUGACAGUGGCACUCCCCGUUGUGUGCUGGCGGCCAAUUAUGAUGUCCCCACCUCUGGCCGGUCAAGUGGCGUGUCUCUGCUCUCGACAAGCUCUUCUUCUGCAGGAGUCUCCCCAGCAAGCAGUCAGUCCAGUUUGAACACAUCGCUGUCCUUGUCCAGUCUGUGUGGAUCCAACAGAUCCAGCUUGGAGCAGGGCCAUGAAAUGUAUGACAUCCCAACUAGCAGUUCUCGACGUGUUAUUGAUGCACCUCCCAGCAGAACUCAAAGUCCCCGUGGAAACCUUGGUGCUGUGCCUCCACCUCCCGGCCAUGGCAUGACCCUUCUACAGUUUUAUGAUGUGCCAACCAACAAUGCACCUGCACCAUUCUAUGACACGCCUCCCAAAAGGGCCCCUACAACACAGACAGUCUGCAUGGAAGGCGUGUACGAUGUUCCUCCCCAGGUAACACGUGAUGCCCCGCUUCCACCGCCGAUGAUGGAUGAAACUGAUGCUUCCAGGCGACAUUCCUCAUCUAGUAGUGACUCACAUGGUUCACGUGAUUAUGAGACUGUUGGAGACCUCAAGGAGCUCCACCUAGAGCGUGAUGCAGCUCUCGAGGUUCUGGUUAAAGUCCAGCAAGAGUUGACAAGUGCAAUUGGGAAGCUGUUCUCACUCACUCAUUCCACGCUAAAGCGACAGGAAAGUGUCACUGCAGAGAGUCGACUCUAUGACAUCAAGACAAGCUGCCACAAGCUAAGAACUUCUUUGAAAGAGUUUCUCAACUUUGCGCAAGGUGCCCUUGCUAAUGCUUCCCAUGUAGAGGACCGAAAGCUGUAUCAAAAGUUGGGCCGAUUGACGAAGCCAUUACUCGACUCGUAUCAAGUGGUGGUGGCAACUACCCAGGCCUUGGAUGACAAAGGUUGGCAGCUGUGUAUGUCGCGAGAAGCUGGCCCUGAUGAGCUGGACCAGCUGAUUGCAUGUGCCCGGGGGCUGACAGAGGAUAUCCAGCAAGUGGCAUCCACAAUACAGGGGAACUCGACGCUUAUCUUCAAGAAGUCUCCCCUCAUCAGUGAGUCUGGGAGGACUUCGCAGGAGAGGCCUCUACCAGUGCCCCCUAGGAAAGAGGAUGACCAGUGGGCCAGCGAUUAUGACUAUGUGAACCUUGAAUCCAAGGCAUCAGUGGAGCGUGAGAAUGAGGAGAUCAAGGCUGCAUUGCCGGCUGAGCUGAGCCAGUCUUUUGACAAAUUGUUGCAGCAGUCGCAGCUCAUUGUUGAAGGCAUAGUGCAAGAACCACAACCUCUCUCUGGCAUGCCUGGCUUGGACCAAAAUGACCUUCAGAUCCUCAACUUUUACGGUGCCCAGAUUGACACCCACAUUCUAUUUCUGACUAAUGCCAUUGAUGCCUUCUUGGCUACUAUUGAGAACAACCAGCCUCCAAAGGUGUUCAUUGGACACAGUAAAUUUGUCGUGAUCAGUGCUCAUAAGCUUGUGUACAUGGGGGACACAGUGUAUCGGAAUAUUGUGAAUGUGGACAUUAAGAACAAAGUUUUGCAGUGCUCAAGUAACCUGUGUGAAGCUUUGAAGGUGCUCAUCAAUAGCACUAAGAAAGCAGCCUUGCAGUUUCCAUCUGUGGCAGCUGUGCAGGAAAUGGUGGACAGUAUUGUUGAUGUGUCGCACUUAGCCAAUGACCUGAAGGUGGUUGUUAUGCAGGCUAAGAGGUAACCUGGGUGGCCCUGUCUGGACGUGCUCAAGUUGCAUCUCAGAAGCCCACCAUUUAGUGGCAGACACAUUGCGCUUGCACUUGCAAAAGCGUAGCAUACUGAUGUUGCAGCACUUUUUAAAAUAUAGUAGUAUGCAUUUAAAAUCAAAUUUAUUGAAAUUCGCGUAAUGCUAAGGUUUGUUGCAGUAAGCUGAGUGUGCUACAUUGAAUUUAUAUCUUAGUAGUAGAAUUCUUACUAUUGUUAGUUUCAUGUUUACCUUUUUACACACACACAGAAACACAAUAUAUA